UUUCGGAUCAAUUUGCAAAACACCCGACCCGAAUCAAGAAUGAGCUCGAAGGCGGGUCGGAUCUUUUACCGUAUGGAUUUAUCGUUUCAACGUUUUCCAGUUGUCUUCUCCGCUCUCCAGUAUCCCGGCAGAGCACAGCGUUUCAUUGGAAAAAUGGAGGUGGCAAAUCCAGCAACAUCAAGCUUCACGCUCCGCACUCGUAUGAUGGCAGUACAACCGCUUGCCUCUUUUCGAACCCUAAAUCUUGGCCGAACUCUGUCUGCGUCUUCACCUUCGUCUUCUUUUUCUUCUUCUGCCAGAGCUUCUCUCUCCACCAGCUUGCUUUCUCCUUUCACUAGCGGCAGCGUUUCCGGUGAGUUCUCCGGCAUGAAAAUCCGACUCGCGGCGCUUAAGCGUUCCUCUUUCUCCAGGUCCAAGGGUAAACGCGGCGUCUUCACCAUGGUUAUUCCUUUUUCAAGGGGAAGUGCAUGGGAACAACCACCGCCAGACUUAGCGUCUUACUUAUAUAAGAAUCGAAUUGUUUACCUGGGAAUGUCUCUUGUUCCUUCUGUUACAGAGUUGGUACUGGCUGAAUUUUUGUACCUUCAGUAUGAAGAUGCUGAAAAACCUAUCUACCUAUAUAUAAAUUCAACUGGAACAACAAAGGGCGGUGAGAAGUUGGGUUAUGAAACUGAGGCCUUCGCAAUCUAUGAUGUUAUGGGGUAUGUCAAGCCACCUAUAUUUACUCUCUGUGUUGGGAAUGCUUGGGGGGAAGCUGCCUUACUUUUGGCUGCUGGUGCAAGAGGGAAUCGUUCUGCUUUGCCCUCCUCAACAAUCAUGAUAAGACAGCCAAUUGCGAGAUUUCAAGGUCAAGCAACAGAUAUUGAUUUAGCAAGAAAAGAAGUAAAAAAUGUAAAGGCAGAAUUGGUCAAUCUAUAUGCAAAACAUAUUGGAAAAUCACCCGAACAGAUUGAAGAAGACAUAAGGCGCCCAAAGUACUUCAGCCCCAGUGAAGCUGUUGAAUAUGGCAUCAUAGAUAAGGUACUGUACAAUGAGAGGAGCAAUGAGGACCAUGGAGUUGUUUCCGACCUGAAAAAAGCACAACUAAUUUGAUGGAAAUUUUGGCUUGGUUAUCCCAAACACUAUUCAAGCAUGGGUUAUGCUAACCAAGUAGCUGACAAGAGCUUGUGCUUCCAAUCGGGAGCAGAUCAAGGCAAUUGAGGGCCAAAGUAGAUUACUGUUGAGAAAAUAUGUUUGUAUGCAUAAAACAUGCUUGCUUCUGCCAAGUAAAAAAAGUGAUUGGGAUGUAAGCUUAUGAAAUAUCAAUGAAUUUAUUUAAUUUAGUAUUUAGUUAAAUUUUGUAUCACUUGCUUUGAUACAAAAUAGCAGCUGAUGUUAUCA